AUGACAAGCCCUAAUCUUUCUUUAUCCUCAAAUGAUGAUGAAAUUGCUCUUGAUAUAACGUCACCAACAAGUAGAUUACAAAAAGAACAAUUAAAAUCAAAAUUCAGAUUAGCGGCUAUUGAUGAUAUUGAAAAAAAGUCGCGGUAUGAAAUUAAAGAAAAAGCUGAUGAAAUAAAAAGAUUGUUGUGUAUGCGAGUUGGCAGAUAUACUGUUAAUGCAAGUGGUGUAACUAAAUCACAUUUAGCUUCUUGGUGGUCAACUUUUGGUUUUGCGAAGGAAGAAGUUUCUGGUGAAACAUAUUUUGUUUCUAAUUUUGUAUCUUGCCAGAAAUGUUUUACUACUUAUCGUUAUGGAUCAUCGUCGACAGAAUCUAUUUCACGGCAUCAAUGUAAUAGUUCGAUUUCAUCAUCACCCAAAUCAGCAACUAUUGAUAAUCAAUUUACACUAGAUAAACAUUUUAUCAAGGAAAAAAAAAUAUUUCGUCAUUUUGAAAAACAAAAUGCAACAAAAUUAUUUUGUAAUUGGGUGUCGGAUAGUUUCCGUCCAAUCUCAAUGAUUGAAGAUCAAGGUUUUUAUGAAAUAUGUUCAUAUUUCUAUGACUUAGGAACCAAGAAUUAUAAUCGCAACAUGGAUGUUCAAAGUUUAUUCCAGUCUCGACAAACUGUAUCGCGUUGUAUUGUAGACCAAGCACAAUAUUAUCGGCAACAAUUAAGUGAUAUUAUUCGAGAACCACUUGAUAAUCAUUGUGUAACUCUUUCGCCAGAUAUGUGGAGUGAUAAAUUUCGUCAAUUGUCGUAUUUAGGAGUUACAGCAACGUUUAUUGAUAUAAAUAUGAAGUUCAAAAAAUUUACUUUAUGCUGUCGUAGUUUUCCGGUAGAAUUAAGAAAAACAGGUGAAAACAUAUCAAAGGUUUUGAAAGAAGAAUUUGACAAAUAUAAAAUUGACCGCUUUGAUUCUGUUUAUUGGGUGAGCGAUCGGGGAUCAAAUUUUAUUAGAUGUUUUAACUUAAAUAUGGUUGAGCCAAUUUUGUGUUUCGCUCAUCGAAUGCACAACGUGUUAACCAUCACCUUCAUGAACAAGAAGAUUGAUGAUUACUUUAAUGAUGAAGAUAUAGAAGAUAUUCCAGAUAACAUCGAUCAAGAAGAAUAUCUUGGUGAUGAAUCUAUGUCAUUAGCUGUUAAAAGAAUUUUAUUGACCAUUAAAUAUACAAAAAAUCUCGUGAAAUAUGUUAAGAUGUCGAAUUUAAAUGAAUUGAUAGUUAAACUGGGUGGUGAAGGAACAACAACACUCAAGCAAUCGGUAGUUACUCGUUGGCUAUCUCUAUUCACAUGUGUUGAGUCAGUUUAUCUUAAUUAUGAUGCAACAUUAUUAGCAUUAGAACAUCGACGUGCAACGAAAUAUUUGAAUGAAUUGUCUAAAAAUAAUUUAAUAGACUUAUUACUUUUACUAACUCCACUUCAUGUUGCACUUCAAAGUAUUCAAAUUGAUAUGGCACCAUCUCUGCAUUUAGUAGUUCCAUUUUAUCAAAAAUUAUUAAACGAUUAUGGAAGUUAUUCAAAAUUAGUUGCAUCAGCAAAAAAGAAAAAACCAUCUUUAUUUCAAAAUUCAUUUGUUUCGGAUCAUUUAUUAACUGAGUCUAGUGGUGUUCAAUUUUUUCGUGAACGAAUUUAUGAGAAGUUAUUGGAGUUAUUCGUAUUUGAUGAUAGGCAUUAUAUUGCAAUGUGCUUGCAUCCAGCAAUGAGAGAGAUGGAUGGGAUUCCAUAUCACACAAAAACUGGUUGCUACAAUAAUAUUCGACAAUACUUACAAGAUGAAGAAGUUGGUAUUAUUAAUACACCAACAACAACUGAUACUUUAUCAACAAACAAAAGGAGAAAAUUAUUGCACAAAUUCUUAGAAGAGGAUGAAGAUGAAGAUGCUCAUGAAGCUGAACAAACACAAACACAAAUACUUGAUUCAAAUAUAGAUAUUGUUGAUGACGAUAAUUUACUUGUUCAUAAAUCUUCCAUUCGACGUUCACAUUCAAAUUCUUCUCUUUCAACUGAAUUUUCAUAUAGAACGAAUUAUCGAACACUUAAACCAGAUGAACUUGAUCUAUAUCUUGAAACAGAUAUACCAUCAACGAUAGUUAAAGAAAAUCCUAUUGAUUUUUGGUCCAGUGAAUUUGCUUCAAGAUUUCCACGUUUAAAAAAUUUUGCUAGAAAAAUACUAUCAAUUCCUGCUACAUCGUCAGGAACAGAACGGUUAUUUAGUUAUAGUGGUAUUAUUUUGAAUAGUAGGAGACAGCGACUUUCACCAGACCAAGUAGAUAAUAUGUUAGUUAUUAGAAGUGCGCGACAAAUACUUUCGAAUAUCAAACAGGUUGAUUGA